CGCAGGCGUAGUACGGAUUGCUCUCCGUGGCCGGAGGCGAUCCCUAAGUGGCGCGAGCCUUCCUGCCACGCUUGCGCACCGUUGGCCUUCGGGGAACGAGAAGAGGGGACAAGGGAGGGAAGAAGGGAGAGAGCGCAGGUGCAAUAAGCUCCGAAAGGGAAGGGCGGGUGGUGACAGAUAAAGACAUGCGCAGUUUGGGGCGGGACGGAGGCCUGGUGGGGUCAUCCCAGCGCAAGCGCAGUGCGGUGUUUGUCUGAGGGUCGGACGGGCGGGAGGUGCGCGGCGGCGGCGGCGGCGGGGAAGAUGGCGGCGUCCUCCCUGGAGCAGAAGCUAUCCCGCCUGGAGGCGAAGCUGAAGCAGGAGAACCGCGAGGCCCGGCGGAGGAUCGACCUCAACCUGGAAAUCAGCCCUCAGCGGUCCAGGCCGAUUAUUGUGAUCACUCUAAGCCCUGCUCCUGCCCCGUCCCAACGAGCAGCUCUGCAGCUCCCUCUGGCCAACGAUGGGGGUAGCCGAUCGCCUUCCUCCGAGAGCUCCCCUCAACAGCCCACCCCACCAGCCCGGCCCCGGCACAUGUUGGGGCUCCCAACGCCACCAUUCAUGCCACGCAGCAUGGAGAGCAUAGAAAUUGACCAGAAGCUGCAGGAGAUCAUGAAGCAGACGGGCUACCUGACCAUUGGCGGCCAGAGGUACCAGGCAGAGAUCAAUGACCUGGAGAACCUGGGUGAAAUGGGCAGUGGCACAUGUGGCCAGGUCUGGAAGAUGCGAUUCAAGAAGACGGGCCAUAUCCUCGCUGUCAAGCAAAUGCGACGUUCUGGAAACAAGGAAGAAAACAAGCGAAUUCUCAUGGAUCUGGAUGUGGUGCUUAAGAGCCAUGACUGUCCCUACAUCGUCCAAUGCUUUGGGACCUUCAUCACCAAUACAGACGUCUUCAUUGCCAUGGAGCUUAUGGGCACCUGUGCUGAGAAGCUAAAGAAGAGAAUUCAGGGGCCCAUCCCAGAGAGGAUUUUGGGCAAGAUGACUGUGGCUAUCGUGAAGGCACUCUACUACCUGAAGGAGAAGCACGGUGUGAUCCACAGAGACGUAAAGCCGUCCAACAUCCUGCUGGAUGAGCGGGGCCAGAUCAAACUCUGUGACUUUGGCAUCAGUGGCCGUCUGGUGGACUCCAAGGCCAAGACGAGAAGUGCCGGCUGCGCGGCCUACAUGGCGCCCGAGCGGAUAGACCCUCCAGAUCCCACCAAGCCUGAUUAUGACAUCCGAGCUGAUGUGUGGAGCCUGGGAAUCUCACUGGUGGAGCUGGCGACCGGGCAGUUCCCCUACAAGAACUGCAAAACUGAUUUUGAGGUCCUCACCAAGGUCCUGCAAGAAGAGCCACCCCUUCUGCCCAGCAAUAUGGGCUUCUCGGUGGACUUUCAGUCCUUUGUUAAAGACUGCCUUACUAAAGAUCACAGGAAGAGACCAAAGUACAAUAAGCUACUUGAACACAGCUUCAUCAAACGAUACGAGAUGUUGGAGGUGGAUGUGGCGUCCUGGUUCAAGGACGUCAUGGCGAAGACAGAGUCUCCCCGGACUAGCGGCAUCUUGAGCCAGCAUCACCUUCCCUUCUUCAGCUGCAGCAGGGGCUAUGCCACCCCCGCCCCAAGAUGUACCAGUCUUCCACUCGCCUCCCCCCAUGCUGGCGGGCCAGAUGUCACAUGGAGCUGGGGAGGGAGUACGGAAACAUGGACAGCCACAGAGAGCUGAAGACAGAGUGGGGGCCUCCAGACCCGCCUCCCCCACCCCCUGCCUCUCAGCUGAGGACAAACUGGCACCAGUUGGGCCUGCGGCUCCUUUCCUGGGGGAGAGCUGUACGCCCCCCUCCCCCUGACACUGUGAACAGAAGAAGGAAGACAGGCCCACCAUUAGACUCUAUUUAUUCAGUUGUAACCUCUGGGCUUGGGUAGGCUCCUGGAGGCCCAGGAGAGAGCUGCCUGAAUGUUCUCUUUGCCCUCUCCUGCCCACUCUGCUGGCUUGAGGAUUCGCUUUGCAAGCCACAAGGGCUGGGCUAGGGGGGCCUGGGAGGGGUCGCUUGCUGCUCUGUGGGUGUCACUCCCAAGGCUUGUGUCCCUGGGAAUGGGGGGGGGGCCGGGGAGGAGCACAUCUGGCCAGCUGGGGGUGGUCAGAUGGCCUGCGGUGGGUCAGUUUUUCUCUUGUUGAUCUCAGGGGGUCCUUUAUGGAGUUUUAUUUUAUUUUA